GGUUGCCAAAGUCAAGCCAUAAAGACGUCUCCUCUGGAAAACAACGUAAAAGUCAUAAUAUAAGCAAAGAUCUCAAGAAGUCAAGAAUCUUAAAUUAUUCAACAUGUCUGAGGCGAGCAGCGAUCAAUAUGAGCACUACAAUUACGAUCAUGGCAAACACAUCUUCAGUGGUCAUAGCGGCAAGCAGCGGUCCAAGAAGGAAGCCUGUGAGCAUACCAAUCACAAUGAUCCCUCUGGACACUCAAGAAAAGUUCUAACCAAGCUCGUCAACACCAACAAUAACAAAAAGGCGUGCAAAAACUAACUGUUUACGACUUAUAAAAAAUGACCAUAUCAAAUGUUAAUUAAGAUGAAAGAGAAAGGCAGGAAUUGGAGAAAGUGAAGGCGAUUUAAACUUGUUACUUACAAAUACUGACUGUAUAUUAUUAAGUGCUAGUUAUAUAUUAGUUACAAUUAAUUAAAUAAAAAUACAUACAUAAUGUACAACUGAA